AUGGGUACCAAUGCCAGCAGUCGCCCUUCCUCUCGAGACUCUCCUGUACCACAAGGAGCUCAAAGAGACCAAGAAGGUCACUACGUUGGGUCUUCGAGCGCAGCUUCCUUCCUUAUUCGUAUUCAGAAGCGUUUGCAUCUGAAUUCAUCCCUCUCACAUGACUCUACCAUCUUUACUUUCGGAGACGCUCCGCUCCCAGAGUUUGAUCUUUCCAUAUUCGUUCCACCACCGAAGCCUGAUGCGCAGAGGCUCGUAGAACGAUAUUUCGAAUACGCGGCACCCACUCAUCGCUUCCUACAUCGGCCGACGAUCGAACAGCUUGUAGAGGAGUUUUAUGAGACCCAAGGUGAAAUGAGGAGUAAGGAAGACGGCAAAGCGAAGGCAGCGUUGUUAAUGGUGGUAUUCGCGCAAGCACAGGCAUAUAUGCCGCCUGGCAGUUCAGUGCAAACUAGCAGCGCUCGAUUUUUCCGCGCGGCUGAAAACCUGCUCUCUGGGGAACGUGGCGCUGUAAGACUAGCGAGUGUUCAGGCACGAUUAUUACAGUGCUUCUACCUUCUGACACAGUCCCGCAUCAACCACUGUUGGAGCCUCUUUGGCACGCUGUCACAUCUCGCCCUCGCCAUAGGGUUGAAUCGUGGUAGGAAAUGCGAUCCCUCAACCAAGGUGGACUAUGUGGAGAUUGAGAGUCGAAGACGCUUGUUCUGGGUUGCAUACUCACUUGAUAAGUACCUUGCUGCUGCUCUUGGUCGGCCACGAACCUUCAAAGACGAGGAUAUCGAUCAGGAGCUCCCAACGAUUGUCAAUGACAAUGACCUCCACCCGAAUUAUAUCAAUCUCCCAACGCGAUCUACUUAUUCGUUGAUGACAGCCCCAGUUGAGCACAUUAAACUUACACGCAUCGUCUCUCUCGUGCUACGAGAUUUGUAUUCGAUUCGUCCACCCAGUCUGGCCUUGCGCGUUGAGCUAUCGGCGAAGUACACUUCGGAGUUGCACGCGUGGCACAACUCGCUGGUCGGAUUCCUCUCUGGCUCCGCCUCAAAUGCACAUAUCGACAACCAGCUGCUCAUACCAGUCUACCAACGUCAGCGUUCCGUUCUCAAUCUGGCGUACCACCACGCGCUUUUACUUAUUCACCGACCUUUCUUACUGAGGGAUUUCGCGAGUUUGACGCAUAUGCCAACCCAUCCAAACUGGAGUGCCACAAACUACGACGCAUCAGCCAACAUCACUGCCUGUCUCGAAGCUGCCAUGUCCCUUGUACGUUUCGUAGACGAUGUAUUUAUGUCGUCCAAUCUCUUCCGCUCUUUCUGGUUUACCCAGUACUAUGCAUUCUGUGCAGUGGUAGUGCUAUACAUCCAUCGCAUUCAACAGGGCUUGGGUGUGAAGACUAAAGUAGAGUGCGAAGGCUUUUUUGAGGCAGGUGUAAAGUGUCAAAGACAAUUGGAGACAGUCAGCGACACUGACUGCCUUGCGCACCGUUACUGUGUUGUCCUGGAAGAACUUAGGACUGAGGCGGUAAGGCAAUCAGGGAGGCUAUCGACGCCCGCAGCAUCGGUUGAUACGCCUACACGCGACAACCCCAGCUUCCACGAUAACCCGAUUCUUCCACUGCCCUUGUCUGCACCAACUCCCGAUGCUGUACCACCGUCGUCAAAUCUGUCAAAUCUGCUCUACAACACUACUGGCAAUAACAAUAUCCCACCGACACCAAACGGUGCAGAAGCAUUUGGUACGACUAACGCAACCUUCACAUUUGACCUACUCGAUUGGACAGAUUUUGCUAGUUGGGGACAAUUCGAGGGCCUUGUGACAGCCGGUAAUGGCUCGUUUGACCCUGCAGGUGUAUCACAGAACGAGAACGACUUUUGGUUUGGCUCGUGA